GUUCGAUGGAUAGUGCUCUUAUGUAGCCUAAGCCCCUCCACGAGGGGUAUCAGGUGUAGGUUAGUAAGUAUACUGGUCUGUAAAUUUUCGUACGUCAGUUGUGCAGAAUUAGAAGUCAACAAAUUAAAAUUCGGACAAUAUUUUCUUAAGAUCUUUUAUCUUAGUAACCAAUAAUCUGUCCGAUUACCUUCCUGCUUUUGGAGUUCUGACUUAUGAUAAUUGUAUUCAAUUUGUCCUUUAUCAAUUCUCUCUAUAUAUGUUUCAUUGACCAUAAACGAAAUGAAAAUCGAAAUUCCAAAUUACUUUAUUCAGAAGCCAAAAAGCAAUCUGAGGAAAAAUUGGUCAGAGAUAGCUCUCUCUUAAACCGCUUGUCACUAACCGGGUCUCACGUUGAACUUCUUCCAGAAACUGAGGACGACUCAACUAUGGCAAAAGUUAUGUUCCUUACACAUUCGAAACGUAAUAUAACCGCAAAUCCUUUGAAUUCUAUGUCUCUCAUUCGUAAUAGAAACUCACAUGUGUCAGCUUCUAAAGCCAAAAGUGCAUCGAAAGCUGAUAACAUCAAAAAGUCAACUAUAUCAACGUUAAAAAAGACUCCAAGGAUGUCGAUGGAUUCGAUUAUCUAUCGUCCUUGUAAAAGUAAGAAACUAAUUAAGAAUUCUGGGGACUCUGGAAUUGAAGAAAAUGAAUCCUCUCUUUCAACUUUCAAUCGCUUUUGUAAUCACGUGACAGGUAGUUCUGUCGAACUGGUGACCUAUGAAAGUAGUGAUGACUCACAUAGCAAUAUUGACGUUUAA